AUGGCUCUCAAGGCCGUCCAUGUCACCGACGUCCCUUCCCUCGACCUCGUCCCCGAGAACGCCUCUCUCGCCCUCUGCUCCUCCCGCUUCCCCAAUGGCGUGGAGAUGGGUCGGAGUGGCUUCAAGAUGCCGAAGUUCGUCGUCAUCGGACACAGGGGUAACGGCAUGAACGUUCUGCAAUCUUCAGAUCGAAGAAUGAGAGCCAUAAAAGAAAAUACCAUUAUGUCCUUCAACGCCGCCGCCACUUUCCCUCUCGAUUACAUUGAAUUUGAUGUUCAGGUGACGAGAGAUGAAUGCCCGGUCAUUUUCCACGACGAUUACAUUUACUCGGAGGAGAAUGGUGCUGUGUUUGGGAAGAGGAUCACGGAGCUGAGUCUCUCUGAGUUUCUUUCUUAUGGACCUCAAAGAGAGCUUGGGAAUGAGGGAAAAGUUUUGCUUAGGAAAAAAGAUGGGAAGGUAAUGCCAUGGAAUGUUGAACAAGAUGAUCCAUUGUGCACUCUCCAAGAAGCUUUUGUUAAGGUGGAACCCACUCUGGGCUUUAACAUUGAGUUGAAGUUCGAUGAUCACAUUGUCUACGAGCAAGAUUAUCUCGUGCAUGUCCUUCAGACCAUCCUAAAGGUUGUUUUUGAUUAUGCCAAGGAUAGGCCUAUUAUCUUCUCAACAUUCCAGCCAGAUGCAGCGAUGCUCAUUAGAAAAUUGCAAAGCAACUACCCUGUGUUCUUCUUGACCAAUGGAGGAUGUGAAAUCUAUGAAGAUGUGAGAAGAAACUCAUUAGAGGAGGCAAUGAAGCUCUGCGUGGAGAAUGGAUUGGAAGGAAUUGUCUCAGAAAUAAAAGGGAUAUUUAGAAAUCCUGGUACAGUAACCAAGAUAAAGGAGUCAAAGCUUUGUCUCCUUUCUUAUGGCAAAUUAAACAAUGUUCCAGAGGCAGUUUACAUGCAACAUCUAAUGGGAAUUGAUGGGGUAAUUGUGGACAUGGUUAAAGAAAUAACUGAGGCAGUGGCAGAUAUGAUAAAGCCAGCAAAGAGUGGUGAAGGAGAGAGUUUGACAGAGGGGAGCGGGAAGGUACAGGGGAACUCAAAGCCACAAUUUUCACAGCAGGAGUUGUCUUUCCUUUUAAAGCUCAUUCCACAAUUGAUACAGAUUUGA